GUAGCCGUGGAGAGGUGGGGGAGGGGUAGACCGCUGAAAGACAUUUAUAGGGCGUAUGAGGAAGUUAUGAGACCAGGGAUAAACAAAAGCUCCGUUUCGCCCAGCAUUAGGAUUUUGCAACGUCCAUAAUGCCUGCUAAGAAAGUGUGCAUCGUGGGAUCCGGAAACUGGGGCUCUUCCAUUGCCAAAAUAAUCGGGCACAAUGUCAAAGCCUCCAACCGGUUCGACCCAAUGGUGAACAUGUGGGUUUAUGAAGAGAUGAUCGAUGGGAGGAAGCUCACAGAGAUCAUUAAUACCGAGCACCAAAAUGUUAAAUAUCUACCAGGUCACACGCUGCCCAGGAAUGUGGUCGCUGUUCCAGACAUCACAGAAGCUGUCAAAGGAGCCAAGAUCCUGGUCUUUGUGAUCCCACACCAGUUCAUUAGCAAGCUGUGUGAUCAGAUCAAACCCCACAUGUCAGAGGGAACCAUCGGGAUAUCUCUCAUCAAAGGUAUCGAUGAGGGACCAGAUGGACUGAAGCUCAUCUCAGACAUCAUCCGGGAAAAACUGGAGAUAGAGGUCAGUGUCCUAAUGGGGGCCAACAUCGCCAGCGAGGUCGCAGAUGAGAAGUUCUGUGAAACCACCAUAGGGGCAAGAAAUGAAGCUAACGGCAACAUCUUCAAAGAGCUGCUUCAGACUCCUAACUUCCGCAUCACUGUGGUCCAGGCGAGUGACACAGUGGAGCUGUGUGGAGCUCUGAAGAACAUCGUGGCAGUAGGGGCUGGAUUUUGCGACGGGCUGGGUUUUGGCGACAACACCAAGGCGGCGGUGAUCAGGCUGGGUCUGAUGGAAAUGGUCGCCUUCGCUGAGUUUUUCUGCAAAGGCCCAGUGAGCUCCGACACGUUCCUGGAAAGCUGCGGUGUGGCCGACCUCAUCACCACCUGCUACGGGGGAAGGAACCGCAAAGUGGCAGAGGCCUUUGUCCGGACAUCCAAGUCUAUUGUUGAGCUGGAGGCAGAAAUGCUGAACGGGCAGAAACUGCAGGGCCCGCAGACCUCUGCUGAGGUCUACAAGCUCCUGAAGAAGAAGGACAUGGUUGACAAGUUUCCACUGUUUUCUGCAGUCUACCUGAUCUGCUUCGAGGGCAGAGAGGUGAAAGAGUUCAUCACCUGUCUGCAGAACCACCCAGAACACAUGUGAGGGCUCCAACCCACUGCUGCUCCUGCAGUAGCAACCUACAACCACUAGAGAGCGGAAGAGAUUCAUCAGAGGAAACGCACAAUAGAGCAAGGGGGAUGCAACCAAUGGCACUUUUACUAAUCAUUCUUAUUGGUGGACAAUUUUUAAUUUUUAAGCUUAAAAAGAAUUUUAAAAAUCAAUUUUAACCAAAUUUUAUAAUUUAUUUUUCAAAUAUUAAUUCUACUGGAAUUGUAAGGUAAUAGAAAUACAGACUUUCAUUUUGAAAGCUGACCACUACACAUCUGUUAUUACCAAAAACACUCAUGAUUUUGUAAAGUAACUUUUCACUACGAUAGUUUUUAAAUCUGAAUCUCUGGGUAGUUGUUUUCUGUACCCGUUUGGAAUUGUUUUCUCAAUAAACUAAUUUGUGGGAAAUUACAA